AUGGAUAGUGGUGUACCAAGAGGGGAGACAUUUGCGUGUUACACAACUUGGUUUGAACUUGAGAAGGUAUCACAGUAUCACGUAAAUAUACAGUGGAUUGAAAAAUUGGUAUUGGCAUUUCUAAUUUCCUUGAAAUACUUUUAGUUUCGUGGAAACAAAUGAUACAUUAAUAAAAUCUGUUUCCAUCAUCACUACAUAGAAAAGUAAUUUUGUACAAUAGCAAUUUCCAAUAACGAGUCAUACAAUAAUAAUACAAAUAACAUAAACAUUUGAAAAUUAAAAAGAAGUUUUUCUUUUUACUCUAGCUCUACUGUACAUUUGAAUAGAAUAUAAUAUAAUGUUUCUGAUAACAUUCAACUAUUAAAUGAAUAUUAAGAGUUGAAACUACGAGCAUGGCAAUACUUUUUUGAUUCUCCAAUUUUUAUAUUACUUGUACCAUUAUUGAAAAUUGCCACUGUGCAUGUUACUUUUAUAUGUAGUGAACUACUUAUGGAAACAGAUUUUGUUAAUAUAUCAUUUGUUUUCAUAAAGAUAUGCGCCAAGAAAUUAGAUGUGCCAAUACCUAUUGUUUGAUCCACUGUGCUUUCAACAAAGAAUCUAUUUUUUCGUCUUCGUGACAGUUAUCAAUCCCAUUAAACUAACGCAAUCAGUAUUUCAUCAGUCAUUUCUUUCAAAUGAAGAAUGAAACUCGAGUGUGAUCUCCAGAGCGGAAAUUGAAUGUGGACUCAUUGACCUAAAACCUGGCGCGCGGUGAUAAAAUAACAGGAAAGAAAUUUUUGGCAUUUUCUCAGCCAAGAUUCCUGUUAUCGACGGGCAUUGUGAAAGGUCAACAGAAAGGGUAAAAUGGUCACGAGUGUACGGCACUGCUGAUCGAUCGGGUCGCGUUCUGGCAACGAUCCCAUAACGCGUGCACGACCGUCUCGGAAAUUUUUACUAUUUUUUAGCCAAUUGAAAAAUCACCCCCCCCCCCCCCAAAAUACAACAAUCGUUUUGUUCUCUCUGUGAAAUCUAACGACCUUUGUUUUUUCAAUCUGUCUCGCCGCGGUAUGAGUAUUAUAUUUGAAUUGUUCCAAGUCAUUAGACUGAACCAGAGUUAUUUAUAGAAUUUAUAGUAGUGUCAAUCAAUUCAAUACUAAUUAUGUAUUUAAGAAACGAGGUUGGGAAACUCGCUCAUGAAAUAGUAUUAGCCAGUUUAACUUUUGAGACAGUAUGUAGUACAAUGAAGAGCAUAAUUAGAACAAUAACUACAGGUUUUGUAAAAGUCCUUUCUUAUAAUGUUAUUGGUACAAAAAAAAAUGAAUGUACUUUUAUACACUUUGAUGUUAAUGACAGUGAAAUGUGAUUUGAUGAAACCUAUAGUAUUGUAUAUCAAUUCAAUUAUUCAUUGUAUUAUAUAUAAUAUAGCAGUGACUCAUGAAAGUAUUCAAACAUCUAUCAUAGAAGAAUUUAUUAUUCAUUUAUAUACUAACAUAUACAUUAUUCAUGAAUAUAUUCAUGCAUUGUUUCAUGUAUACUAUUAUUAUGUGAAACAUUUUGAAAUUAACAUUAUAAUGAAAGAUGUACCAUCUAAAAGUUACAAGAUAUUUGCUGCAUAUAUAUAUUUACACUAAAUAUUAUUUAGAAAAACAAUUGGUAUCAUUUUAUUAUCUUAGUAUCAUCAUCUUGUAAUAAGUGUUGAAGAUAGUCCCAUUGAAUAUUAA